AUGGCAGAGCAGUUGUGUAAUCCAAGCCACCUGAAGCAUGAACUGGAGCUGAAGAAGUAUCUGAAACCUUACACUUGCGAUGGCUGCAAGGAAAUAGGCUUUGGGCCUCGAUACCGAUGCGAAAAGUGUGAUUUUGAUCUUCACAAAGCCUGUAGUUUUCCAAAAAACUCACCAAUUUCCCAUGAAUUCUUCCCACGUUCCACCUUCAAGUUCUUUAAAAUCCCACCAAGAGCCUGCCACGACAAAUGCAGACGGAUCUGCGACGCCUGCACAAAGCCUAUCAAUGGCUUUAUGUACCACUGCAAGAAACGUGACUUGGAUCUCCACCCUUGCUGUGAAAACCUCAAGAUUAAUUACCAAAUUGAAGACGUGGAGUUCAAUCUCCACAAGGAAGUCCAAGAAGAAUGGUACAAGAACGGAGGAGACUGGAUCAAUGUCGAUAAUGCCGAUCAGGACCCAAACUUGGCUCUGCAGAAGGUGAAUCUGAAAGCAAUUCAAGCUCGAGGGCGUGGGGAUGGCGGAAAAGGGAACAAGUUUUGGAGGAUCCUUAAGGUCUUCAUCAAGACCAUUGUUAGUAUCGUUCUUGGAGAUCCCACCACGUUCUGGCGUCUCUCUUCAUCGAGCUGA